AUGGAGGAGCUUCAGCAGAUAGACUCACUGGGUAUAUUUUCCUGCCUCUACAGGGAGCCUGGAGUCCCAGAGAUGGCCUUUGAGAGGGACAGACUCCCAGCCCAGAGAGUCCACACUGGGGAGAAACCUCAUGAAUGCAAGCAAUGUGGAAGAACAUUUAGUUGUAGGUCAAGUCUUGCUAAACAUCACAGAAUCCACACUGGGGAGAAACCUUAUGAAUGUAAGAAAUGCGGAAAGACAUUUAGUUGCAGUUCUCCUCUUGCUGUACAUCUGAGGAUCCACACUGGGAAGAAACCUUAUGAAUGCAAGCAAUGUGGAAAAACAUUCACUUGUAGCUCCCAUCUUGCUGUACAUCUGAGAAUCCACACUGGAGAGAAACCUUAUGAAUGCAAGCAGUGUGAAAAAACAUUCAGUUUCAGCUCCAGUUUUGCUAAACAUCAGAGAAUCCACACUGGGGAGAAACCUUAUAAAUGCAAGCAGUGUGAAAAAACAUUCAGUUUCAGCUCCACAUUCAGUCGGAGCUCCCAUCUUGCUGCACAUCAGAGAGUCCACACUGGGGAGAAACCUCAUGAAUGCAAGCAGUGUGGAAAGGCAUUCAGUUGCAGCUCCUAUCUUGCUAAACAUCAGAGAAUCCACACUGGGGAGAAACCUUAUGAAUGUAAGCAAUGUGGAAAGACAUUCAGUUGCAGCUCAAAUCUUGCUGGACAUCUGAGGAUCCACACUGGGAAGAAACCUUAUGAAUGCGAGCAAUGUGGAAAGACAUUCAGUAGGAAUUUCAAUCUUGCUGAACAUCACAGAAUCCACACUGGAGAGAAACCUCAUGAAUGCAAACAAUGCGGAAAGACAUUCAGUUGCAGCUCAAAUCUUGCUGGACAUCUAAGGAUCCACAGUGGAAAGAAACCUUAUGAAUGUGAGCAAUGUGGAAAGGAAUUCAGUCAGCAUUCUCAUCUUACUAUACAUCUGAGAAUCCACACUGGGGAGAAACCUCAUGAAUGCAAACAAUGUGGAAACACAUUUAGUUGUAAGUCAAGUCUUGCUAAACAUCAGAGAAUCCACACUGGUGAGAAACCUUAUGAGUGCAAGCAAUGUGGGAAGACAUUCAGUUGCAGCUCCCAUCUGGCUGUACAUCUGAGGAUCCACACUGGAGAGAAACCUUAUGAAUGCAAGCAAUGUGGAAAGACAUUCACUAGUAACUCCAUUCUUACUGAACAUCAGAGAACUCACACUGGGGAGAAACCUCAUGAAUGCAAGCAAUGUGGAAAGGCAUUCAGUUGUAGGUCAAGUCUUGCUAGACAUCAGAGGAUCCACACUGGGGAGAAACCUUAUGGAUGCAAUGAAUGUGGAAGGUCCUUCAGUUGCAGCUCAGAUCUUGGUAAACAUCAGAGAAUCCACACUGGGGAAAAACCUCAU